UCUGUCAUUACACAAUAAUUUAUCAGUAAAGGGCAGGGCGCAGUCGUCUUGUGUUGUGAUAAAAUUGAAAAACGAAAGUAAAGAGCUUUAAAAUGGGAAACUACUUCACAAGCAAUUUGGAAGAAAAGAUGAGAAAAAAUCAAGAAACCAUGCACGCCAUUAAUAUGGAACGACAAAUUCAGCUGCAAUAUCAAAUGCAAGAAAGGUUAAUGGCGAUGCAGAUUGCAAGGAGUAGAGACACCUGCCUUUGGUUCACAACAUUCUAUAUUACAGCAGCAACAGGCCUAAUCACUGGUUUCAGAAGGACAAAAAGGCCAUAUCUUUUAGUGCCGAUGAUACCUCUCACUUUUGUGACUCUUUACUAUUGGGACCUCGCUUAUGGAAACAAAGUCCACAGGAUCAGAAUGGAAGCCGAACACAUAAUGACACACGAAGCGGACUACCUCGAAUAUCCCUGCGGUCUUCCGACGCCAUCUUCCAUCGAUCUCGGACGCUUUGACGUCGAAGAAAAGAAGAAAAUACAUCCUCCCCUAUUGUAAAGAUGAAGCUUUAAGAACUACGUGUGCCUUCACCGCAAAGUAGAUCAAAAUAGCGGGUAGUUUAGACCUUCAUCUUUUGAAAAAACUGCAUUUCUCUUGGCGAAAAUGGAACAUUUUGAAAACCUAGUGGUAAGAGAAGGUUCAUAUCUGAUGGAAAAUGCGUCGAGGGUAUCGUAAAUGUAUGAUCGACGCUCUAACGCAUCAUCGGUUAGGUGUGAAAGAUUGAAUGUUUUAUCGUAUAUUUGUCUGUGUUGGCGUAACGCGACCGAUAAUACGCGAUGAACCUUCGAAAGUAAAUAAAAUCGUAUUGCGGCUUGGAGUUCUAAACCUUCAGUGACAAGGUCAGUACUUCUAAGGCUUCUUAUAAUAGACAGAGUUCAAAUGUAUAAUUUGUAGCAGUACCAAAUUACACGAUUUAAGCUCAUAAAUAAUGUCGUUUUAAGGUUAAAAGUUACAAAUGUGUGUUUGGGGACAUGUAUGUUAAUAUUCAAUAGGUAGGUUCUUACUCCAUUUAAGUUUCAGUUUUACGACUGAAUAAGUAAGUGAGAGUAACCGCAGCGGAUUCUUACAUAAGAGAGGAAUUCUUAUCGGAUUCAAUGUCAAACCAUUUGCCCGACAGUCACAGUCAGUCGUUAAGUUUUAGUGCUCUGCUGAGCACUUUUCAUGACGUUUUUAUUACCUACUAACGUUUUCGCCUAAGGGAAAUGCAGAUAUAGUGACAGCUAGAUUUUAGAGGCACAACUAUCAAAUUGAAAUAAAAAACGUAGUUAAUUCUAGAAGUCAAAAGUUAAAAUAAAAGUUACAGUUUUCUAUGGUGUAUUGUAACUAUUACAUUCUUAGCAGAUAUUAUGUAAUUUAAUCUAAGUUAGUUGAAAAAUUGGCGUACUUAAAUGGCGUACAUUAAAAUUUUAAAAUUAAUCAAAUUGCUACAAAUUGCGGCUAUCAUUUAAUCAAUGAAACUUUAAAAACGUUCUCCAAACGCGGUUCCUAUUAUAAAAAUCAAUAAAUAAUAAUCCUUAAAUCUUCCCCUAUGUUUAAUAAAAUUAAAAUAUUCUUCUCAAAUACUGUACUCCCAUUUGCUUCCUUGUAUGUAUGUUAUGUUAUAUACUUACAGAGUAUCAUCAUCCCUUAAUAAUCUUUUCUACUUUAUUUUCUGUUAAUUUAAGUAUUAAUUAACUACUUCUAUUCGUAAUCGUUGUAUUUAUAUUUCUUCUUCCGUGUUACUUCCGAUAUUGGCAGCAUGACAAAUGCCCUUUCUAAUAACCCGACAAGGGGCAAACAUAAAGAUCACGCUAUGCUACCUCACUGCGUUUAUAAAUAAGGCCUAACCGCCAAAAGUAGAUUUAGUUAAAACUACCUUUAUUUCCAUAAAAUAGGGUCGAAUGUUGGUUGUAGAUUUCUUGUUACGUAUCUGAGAUAUUAUUUAUAUUUUGUUAAUAAUGUUUUUUUGAUUAGAUUACUUACGUGGGUCAGUUUUUAAAGGCUUACGUUUUUUUUAUUGCAUUUACAAUAUUGUUCAUAUCUCGAUAAGAAUUAUGUUUUUUUUUAGAUUUUAUCUUACAUUUUAUAAAGGUGUUAUGACUUAAAACUGCUAUAAUCGCAUUCUAAGAAAGUAUUAUGCAUUCAAUAAUUAUUGUCUAAGUAAAAAUGUCGAAGUAUUUUGAGACAAUUCCUAGAUUAAAGAGAAAUGUUUAUUGACAGAAUUACUGUACUAAUGUUAAAUAAAAAUCAUUUUUAAAA